AUGCGAACUACUCUAGUAUUUUGUUGCAUUUGUGGCGCUGCUGCGACAGCAUGUGGAUUUGGCACAAGCUAUCCGCAGGCAGCCCUGGCUUGGGAUGCAGCAUAUGGCAGGGACCUCGUGCAAGUCAAGCAUGAAGUGGCCCGAACCCGUGCAAAUGCCACGCCGGCAGCCGAUGUGGAUCUUGAAGUGGUUCAUGAUGCAAUUUCAGCGACCAGAGCCUUAUAUGGAUCUCCCAGCAGGGGCAAGCCGCUGCAGUGGGAGAGUCUUCGACAGUUUCCGCCGAUCGCGCUGCAGCAACCAGCUCCAUCCUGCCAGAGAAUAGGCCGACAAUAUCCUCAAUUGACAUCUCGAAAUUUGUCUGUUCUGGACAGCUAUGCUGAUUAUGCCUGUGGUGAUGGGUCCAACUACUUCCUCACGGAUCCAGCUGUUGGUCUAAAUGCCGAACUUGCAGAGUUGCACGGUGGCUGUGUGAACAUGAUGCGCUGGCCAAGAUCAGUUUUUGCGGCCAACUCUACUCACUUCACGUAUGCUUUCAGGACUAGCGAGCAUGUGGCUGCGGCGGAGAACAGUGAACACGCUUUAGCACCUAUACUGGUUGACCAUGACGUGCUGGUGAUUUCGAGCUCUCACCUGCCGGCUGGAAUGGAGUACCAACAUACACUUCUCGACUUCCUUCCCGCUGCCUGGACUGUUGCAAAGAUCUUGAAAGGAUCAUCCAAGAGGCUGGUAACUCACAUUCCCAUUCAGAGAGCGAUGUUGCAAUACUUGGGAAUCUCAGAGGCGAACAUGUUGGAACUUCCCUUUCCCAAACAUGGGCAGGCCUUUCUGCUUUGCACAGCCCCACAUAAAAUCCUGCAGAUUUGGCGAACUGGACGUGGUGAUGGUGGGGAGUUGCCGACGAAGCAUUACCGACGAGGAGGUUUCGCAGACUUUUGGCAUAGGCUAUUGAAUUACCAGGUUGGCCAUGAACUGUCAGAUGCCAUAGCCAAGAAUGCUGGAUGGAUGGCCGCUUGUUCAAGCCAGCGGGGACCUUAUGCUAUGGCAUUCCCCCCGAAGUGUAACAGGUCACUUCACCUUGAACUCCUUCCAAACACACACCCUUCUUUCAUCAAAUCUACAAGGGCUCCAAGAUCACAAUAUUCAGAUUAUUCAAUUUAA